AAGAGAGAGAAAAAAAGCCAAAAAAAAAUCAGGAGAGAGAGAGAGAGAGAAGAGAGAGAAAUCUGAAGGAAGGCGAUUGAUUGAUUGGGUAAAAAAAAAAAGCGAUGCACAUCGUCUUCUCUGUCGAUGAUUUGACCGACUCCUUCUGGCCACCACCCGCUCCGGAGCCCUCGCCGGGAUCUCUACCGGCUCCGUCUCACAACAUGCCCGACGGGAUGACUCGGAGUCAAUCGGAGUGGGCCUUCCACAGGCUUCUCCAGGAGAUGUCAGGCUCCGAUGAAAGCCCUACCACGAUCAACGUACUCGAGAUGUCGCCUCCGCCGGUUCAGUCCACCGUCGACGAAACCGCCGACGUUGUCGAGAUACAGAAUCCGCCGCCGCCGCGGCGGAAUCACGUGGGUGAUGAUGAAGGGAAUCGGAAUCGUGAUCCGUUGGAUUCGGAUGUUGUUGAUCCGAAUCAGUAUCAUGCGAUUCUGAAGAGCAAGCUUGAGAUCGCUUGCGCUGCUGUUGCGCGUCGUGUGGGGAGUGUGAAGCCAGAAGAUUCGAAUGCCUCUGCUGUGAAUCAAAAACAAUCUCCUCCGGUGGGAUCUCAGUCUCAAGGCUCUGUUGUUGUGGCACAAACCUCACCAGGUGCAUCAUCUGUUAGAUCAGUUCCUUCAACAAGCGUUAAAAAGAAUGCAGAUGUUGUUCUAGCCAGGCAAACUACAAGUAUCUCAUCCCGAGAUGACUCUGACGACGAUGAUCUUGAUGGAGACAUAGAGACAGCAGAUAAUGGAGAUCCUACUGAUGUUAAGCGUGCUAGGAGGAUGCUCUCAAACCGAGAAUCCGCUAGGCGCUCCAGGAGAAGAAAGCAGGAACAAAUGAAUGAAUUUGAUACACAGGUAAACCAAUUAAGGACUGAGCAUUCAACUUUACUUGGUCGUCUUAGUGACAUGAAUCAGAAGUAUGAUGCAGCCGCUGUCGACAACAGAAUACUAAGAGCUGAUAUCGAAACUCUGAGAACAAAGGUUAAGAUGGCAGAAGAAACAGUGAAAAGAGUGACAGGAGUUAACCCUUUGCAGUGGGCAAGACCAAACAUGGGCAUGCCAGUGAACAACACACCGAGAAUCCCAAGUACUACUACUGGUACCGGUUUAGCACCAAAUCAGAGAGUAGAGGUGAACCGUGAAGGCACGCCGAAUCUGUUUGCUACUAAUCCGAAGAAUAUGUAUGAAACCAUGCCCCAUUGGAACCACAAGCAUUAA